AUGACCCCGAACGGGUUCGAACCGAGGUCCCCGUUGGCAAUGCAACCCCACCUAGAGGACGUUCUCUUCCGCAAGGCGGUGCUCACCAAGGACUUCAGCGGAGACCAGCACUUCUUCCAGGACCAGAAGCUGCCUACUACUACGCCUCCCUCGUCCAACCCAAGGAGCGCUGACGGGGGACCGCCAUCGUCGUUGUCAUCAUCCUCCUCCUCCUCCGCUGUUCAGCGUGUGGCCCACGAGGAUGCGCCGGCCUUCUCUGACAUUGCCACCACCGUCACCACCGUGGCCGCCACGUCACCCAUGACAACGGUUGCUACAGUAGCAGGCGGCGUCUCCAGGAAGUUGCGGCCAGGGUCGUUGGGAAAGGGGGAGGCUAAAGACGAGACAGGCGAGAGAGCAGCAGUGGCGGUGGCAGCGGCGGCGGGGGUACCACCCACCACUCAAGCCCUGACGACGGCUGUCAUUCACACCACCUCGUCACCACGCGGCGCUGCCGCCACGGAAACCACCCGGCCACCGAGGGGCUUGACGAAGAUCAGACUUAAUGAUGCCAUGACAACAAACACGACCACGGGCAACUCCAGAGCUGUCACAACAUCCAAGUCAGAGCAGCGCACGGAUGACAGCAAGAUGACAACAAGCACCGUCUCCACCAGCACAGCCAUCACCACCAUGCACUCAUCAGCUCCAUGCCUGAUGAACUUCACGGAUGCGGAGGGCUACGUCCAGAUGCCCCCGGAGGCCUCCUCAGGAUACGACGCCAGCGACUGCACCUACCUCAUCACCGUCUACCUGGGCCACGGCAUCGAGAUUCAGGUGCUGAAUGUGAGUCUGCUGGAGGGGGAGCAGGUGACGGUGGAGGACCUGGGUGUGAUGGAGCCGUCCGUGCUGGCCAACACCUCAGCCCUGAAGAGAGGCCUCGUGCUGCGCAGCGCCAGCAACCAGAUCUCACUCCACCUCACCAGGGGGCAGCACCAGCAGCAGGAACACGGAGCCAUCAUGCUCAGAUACCAAGCAUUCCCCCUGAGCUGCAGCCAGCCCAAGAAGCCAGUGAACGGGGAGGUGACCGUCAGCAGCCUUAAUGUCGGCGGCCAGGCCUUCUUCUUCUGUCCCACUGGCUACCAGCUGCAGGGCUUCUCCUCACUCACCUGCCGCAACGCCACUGCCCCCUACUGGAGCGGCAGGGAACCCAAAUGCCAAGCCUCGUGUGGAGGAAUGAUAAAGAAUGCCACACUAGGUCGGCUGGUGUCCCCAGGCUUUCCGGGUAACUAUAGCAACAACCUGACGUGCCACUGGGUGCUGGAGGCCCCUGAGGGCCACAGGCUGCAUGUGCACUUUGAGAAGGUGGCCCUGGCCGAAGACGACGACAGGCUCCUGAUUAAGAAUGGCAACAACAUUGACUCUGCGGUGGUGUACGACUCGUUUGAGGUGGAGUACUUGCCCAGCGAGGGGGUGCUGAGCUCCGGGAGACACCUGUUUGUGGAGUUCACCACCGACGCCACGGGCACCUGCACCGGAGCAGCCAUCAGAUACGAAGCGUUCGCCAAGGGCUCCUGCUACGAGCCGUAUGUGAAGUACGGUAACUACUCGACCAGCGACGUGUCGUUUGGGCUGGGCGCGGUGGUGGAGUUCUCCUGCGAGCCCGGCUACACCCUGGAGCAGGGCGCCGUCACCAUCGAGUGCGUGGGCACCGACAGCCCACAGUGGAACGAGACCGAGCCCGGCUGCAGAGCUGUGUGUAGCGGUGAGAUCACAGACUCUGCGGGCGUGGUGAUGUCCCCUAACUGGCCCGAGGCCUAUGACAGGGGCCAAGACUGCAUAUGGGGCAUACACGUGGAGGAGGACAAGAGGAUCAUGCUGGACGUACAAGUCCUCCAUCUUGGUAGAAAUGACAUGCUGACCUUCUUCGACGGCGAUGACCUGACGGCUAACAUCCUGGGCCAGUACAGCGGUGCGCUGCCGCGCUUCAAGCUCUACACCUCCAUGUCCGACGUCACCAUCCAGUUCCAGUCCGACCCGGCCACCAACAUCUACGGCUACAACAACGGCUUCGUGGUGCAUUUCUUUGAGGUGCCCCGUAACGACACGUGUUCGGAGCUGCCGGAGAUCAUGAACGGCUGGAAGAGCACGUCCCACCCGGACCUGAUCCACGGCACCGUGGUCACCUACCAGUGUUACCCCGGCUACCAGCUGCUGGGCUCCGAGGUGCUCAUGUGCCAGUGGGACCUCACCUGGAGCGGAGACGUGCCCACCUGCGAGAAGGUGAUGGUGUGUCCGGAUCCCGGCACGGUGGAGCACAGCCACCGGGUCAUCACGGGCUCGCGCUUCGUGGUGGGCUCCACGGUGGAGUUCGUCUGCAACAAAGGGUACUUCCUGUCCGGCAGCUCGCUCCUCACCUGCUACAGCCGCGACAUCGCCGACCCCAAGUGGAGCGAGCCCACGCCCAAGUGUGUCCCUGACAGGUACGAGCCGUGCCGGAACCCUGGGGCUCCCUCCACCGGCUUCCAGAGCCCGGAGAAGGCCUUCUACCAGGCUGGGGAGACUCUCAGCUUCUCCUGCAGGACCGGAUACGAACUGCAGGGGGAGCCCACCAUCCGCUGCAUACCCGGACACCCCUCCCAGUGGAGUGGCACGCCCCCUACCUGCAGAGCUACCACCUCAGGAUACAUGACUGAGCGACGCUUAGAUGUUGACAGUUCAGACACAGACUCGGGGACCACCAAUUUGGCCAUCGCAGUCAUGGUUCCCAUCGCAGUGAUCCUCUCCCUGGUCUUCGUUGUGUAUGUCUACUUUGCAAAACUGCAGGGCAAGUCUCUGCACAUGCCCAGUACCUCCUCCCUGCCCCCCUAUGACAACAUGACGGAGGAGUCAGCAUUUGGCAACCCCAUCUACGAGUCGGGCGUAAGUAUGGACGCCAUGGACCUCAGAGACGUGGACUCCCACAACACCAUCGUCCUGUCCUGAGCCAUCAUCAUCAUCAUCAUCCUCAUCAUCAACGUCGUCAUUGUCAUCAUUGUCAUCAACAUCAUCUUCCUCAUCAUCAUCAUCAUCCCGAUUCAUCAUUCAUCCUAACUAUACGACAGCCU